AUGGACUUCCCGAUGGACGAUCACUUUGAUUUCGACGCCUUCAUCAAUUGGCCCGAUAACGUGUCCCCCGCGCAUGAUGGUUCAUUUUCUCCGAUCGGAUGGCCCAUGACGCAAACCCCGCUUGGAAGUGCGACUUUUGGGCAUGCGCAGCCACUAGCAGAAGCGAUACCUGGCUACAGUGCCAACACCGCCAAUGAUGAUACUGACCAGGUCACCGCCGCCUGCAUCCCACCACAAGAUGUUGUCGACACUCCAAGCUUGGGUCAAGAGUCAUCAAGCACAAACCCUAGUAAGGAAUGUGCCUGCAUGGUGUGCCUUGGAAUAGGCAUAUUUGAGUCAAACAGUCCUGGCCCGACCCCGUAUCUAUGUCGUUUUGCAGGCUGCAGCUGGGAUCCUAGGUAUUACACCGGCGUCACCGAAAAGCUCGAGUAUCGGGCGAAGCAUGAGAGGCCCCAUUACCGGCGAGGUCCAGCAAACUCGCAAACCCCCUUUUACUGCCUCGUCGAGAAUUGCCGCUUCAGCUCAAAGCGUUGGUCGGACCUCCGCCGCCACACCACCGCCAAGCACUGCAACAGUCCCAACACGUUCGCGUGCUCUGUGAUCGGAUGCAAGUACCAUGGAGAAGGCAACGGCUUCACUCGCAAGGACAAGCUCACAGCCCACUACAAGAACAUGCACCAGGGGCAGAAAAUUCCCGGCCAGGCCGCACGAGCAAUCAAGCCAGCUCCAGCUUCAUCCCACGCCGAAGCAUCAGGGUCCAGUAGCAUUGGUGCGUAG